AUGAAACAAAGACUUUACAUGAUGAAUAGCAAAAUGUUUUUCUCAAGCACGAACAAAUCUCUUUGGAAGAGGAAAUCAAUGUCAAGUUCAAGGGCAGUAGACUCAUCUCAUUCUGUUACGGGUCACAAUAGUGCCACUUUUAAUAGUAUUUUCAAAAAUUUACCAAGAGUACCCACUACCAGAUAUUUAGAAUCAACAAAAUUAACAAAUGACAUAUUGUUUAGUGGUUACAGACCAAUCACUUAUCCUGUAAAAGAAAAUCCACUCUUCAGAAAUAUAAAUAAGUAUAAUAAUGACUUUUUAUCGACACAAGAAACACAAGAAAAAAAUAACCCUGUCCUUCCGCAAAAGAACCAUGAAGCAUUUAGUGUUUUGACAGGCGAGAAAGGUACCGGUGGAAUCAUGUCUGGGGGUGUUAACGGCACAUGGAAAUACAAUCCAACAGUUCCUGAGAAUCUGCUACCUUAUAACUGGUGGUCAACUUCAAUAAUGGGAAUGGAAUACUACCCAGAAUGGAACAAUGUCCCUCGUCGGUUCUUGAAAACAUUAAAACCAUUUGAAGUAAAUGAACCCUUGAGAAAGAAGAAAUAA